AUGGCUCACUCGCCAGCGUCAUCUGAUCUCUCCGACCCGCCCUCCGCCGAUUCGGAUGCAGAAGACCGCCUCAGCACCGCGGUGGCCUCCUCCCGCCUCAGCGUAGAACCCAGCGAGCACCCUCAACCUCCACCGUCCAAACGACGCAAAACUGGCAACGGCCCGGCGACUUCCUUACUCCACACCUUUGACCGCGCCCCGUCCAGCCAACCUGCCGAAGACAACGACGACAUCGUCUCCAUCUCCUCGGAUGGUCUAAGCAGUGCCCCCGGCUCGCCUUCGCAAAACGAGUACGCGCUCAAGGAGGACGCGCAGACGUUUUGCAUGUGGAAGGACUGCGAUUUCGGGGACGGGCAGAACAACGAUGAGCUGGUGGACCAUGUGCAGACCACGCAUUGCAUUACGGGGUUUGGGGUGCCCAAGAAGAGCAAGUAUGUUUGCGAGUGGGGAGAGUGUCAGCGGAAGACGAGCAAUCAUCCGAGUGGGUAUGCAUUGAAGGCCCAUAUGAGGAGUCAUACAAAGGAGAAGCCGUAUUAUUGUGCCUUGCCUGAAUGUGACAAAGCCUUCACCCGAUCCGACGCGCUGGCCAAGCACAUGCGCACCGUCCACGAACCCGAGCCGGCACGUCCAGCCAACGAUCCCGCGCCUCUUGGGACGAAAAAGUCCUCCAUCAAACUCCGACUCAGCAACGGCAACGUUUUCAACCUUUCUCAAUCCCCCAGCACCAGCAGCGCUACCACGCCAGUCACCAAGCCCGCUUCAGCAGCCACGCCGCUCCCAUCAGACGAUCUCCGCCCACCCCCUCCCACCCACGACGAAGACGGCAACCCCAUCAAAUUCUCCCCGCACGAUGACAACAUCACAUACCAGCCCGCCUACCACCCCAUCACCGGCCAACCAGGCUUCAUGAUCACCUACCCCAAAGACAUCCACUUCACCGGCUGGGAGAGCGCCAUCACCGCCGACCAACUGAUGCGCCUGCUACGCCGCCAAGUGCACUGGGCGAAACAGGAGGAGAAAGAGCUGAAGCGCGAGUGUCGCGCGCUCGAGCAAGCGCGCCGCCACGAAUGGGAUCUGAAGGAGAUUCUGCUCGAAGGCGUGCUGGAGUCCGAACUCGCGCGCGCCGACAAGGAGGACCUCCUGCAGGCUGUGGAUGAGCGGGUGCGCGACGCCAUGCAGAAUGAUAUCCAGCCUGCAAAGGCCCUGCAAUGGUCCCGAGGAACGCCGGCGUUCCGCAAAGCUCGUCGUGUGCAGGAUGUCAUGGAAGCUGACGACACGGUGGUCACCACGCCUCUCGAUGAUGAUGAGGAUGAGGCGCGUUCGCCCUCGCCGCCUCCGACUGGCCACAGUGGCGGCGGCUUUGAUGGGGAUGCAGACCCGUAUGACAACUAUCUCGCGCAGCGCAUGGCGGAGUACGAGGAGCGCGAGCGAUUGCGCAGCUUGCACAACACUCCGCAGGAUGUGAGGACUGCUAUCGCGGCUCCGCCUCCGCCGUAG